UGCUAUGCAACCGCAAACCGCUUUGCCAGUUGUGUAGCUGACCGCAGAACGUUCGCGCACGACGCCGCGCCUUAUUUUUAAAAAUGACAUCCUUUUCAAAAGAAGACGAAGAGAAGCUAAUAAAUAUUGUUGCUAAAAAUCCAGUACUUUACGACAAAUCUCAUGGUAGUUAUCGCGAUAAUUUAGUUAAAGAUAAAGUGUGGAGAGCCAUAGGAAAGGAGGUUAAGCGAAACAGUGAAGACUGUAAAACAAAAUGGAAAUUUAUUCGCGAUGGUUAUAAACGAUUCAAGAAAAAUCAUACAUUAGGCAUUGGUUCAACAGCCGCGAAACAUUCCAAACAAAAAAGACACCAACUUCUAUUAUUUCUAGACGACGUUCCCGAACACAGAUCUGGAAGUUCUAAUUUACCCCCGUCGCCAGAGGGACUAGAAAUUAAUGAAGAAAUAGAGGAAACUAAGGAUCAAUUAAUUUUAAAGGAACAAGACGCAUCGAACGAUGAUGAGCCACCCUAUACAGAGCAUAAUAGCGACAAGGAGGAGGCAAUUGAAGUCGAGAUGAAGAGAAGGCUCAAACAAGAAUCAAUUUUACACCACUUUAAACAAAGAGAUGAACAGAGAAUUCCCGCGAAAAAGGCUGAUGACGAUAUAGAAUUGUUUGUCCGUUAUAUGGGUGAAGUAUUGCGAAGUUUGCCACCUGUAGAGAAAGCGCAAGCAAAGAAACAGUUGCACGCAGUUCUUUCGGACUAUGAAAUAAUGGCGGCGACAUAUUUAUCUGGCAGAAUCGAUUAUUAGUUUAUCUUUUUUUGUUUGGCAUAUAGUAACAACUCAUUACGUUCAUCUUCUAAUAAAAACCAAUAACAAACUAUCGAACAAGUUGGAAUUCAGACAUUGCGGUCGACCUCAGUCGCAAGGUAGCCUGUGUUUGCGGUCUGCCGCUCACCUCAAAUCAAUGGUAUCGAAACAAGUAUAGAACAUUUUCGAGUGUACCUAUCAUCUCUGAAAGCCUUAUAAAAUACAAAAGAAUCACGCGAAUGUGUUAAUCUUGAGUAAAUUAGAAGUUGAUGAAUAGAUCUACAUUUCUUGUUUUGAUAUAAAUAUAGCGAAGUAAAAUGGAUACAUUUGACGCAGACUAAAUGAUUCAAACUUGUUAGGACGAGGCGCCACAACAGACUCUGCACCAAUACAAAAGUAGGCAGUAUUUAUUGCCUAAUUCAAAGUAGAGAUUGAGCCACAAUAGAGUUCAGCUGCUUUAAUGAUAGAGACUGAACGAGUAAAAAUUAUUAAGCCAAAGCGUCACAAUACGCUACAAAGCGAGGCAACACCUAUUGUAAUACUUCGGCCGCAAGCGACCUCGGCUGACACUGAAUAAUGAAACCAUAUUAAGCCAAGCCAUCACAAUACACCCUCAUUAUUAUAAAGUUAGCCAACACCAUAUUACAUUGCCCAUGACUAAAUUAAACCAAGGCCGUUUACAGAUCAGUUUAGCAAAGAAUAUUGUACACCAACACAAAAUGUAUGAUGAUUUAGAAAUGAUGGAAUACGUUUUUAGGUUAAAAUGAUAUUAGUUUAGUGAAAAUUACAAUAUUUAUUUACAUAUUUCCAAAUUACUCUCCACAUUCGCCUUUUUUAAUUAAAUAUUAUAUCGAAUAUAAUAAUAAUAAAUGUAUAAAUAAACAAGUUUUUCCCUUUUCUUAUUCACUUCCGUUUUCUUUUCCACGUUUUUACUUUUUUUUUUUUUAAUUUAUAUGAUAAAAAUUAAA